UUAUACUUACUGAAAUAAACAAUACAGUACUGCCCUUGACACUGAUAUCCGAAGAAUAUGAGAGUCGGAUCCACUUCCACGAGUUCACGAAGCAGCUCCCAUAGUCGUCGGUACCGCACGCUGGCCCCCUCCUCUCAGGUGGAUGAGACCCUGUUUGGGACCCCCAAACCGAAACCAUCAGGCUCUGUCAAACAUGGCAGCACAACACCCAAAGCCAAGGAUCAGCCCCAGAGGACCCAACAAGGAGAGACACUUCAAAUUAUCACCAAGGACCUCAUUCGUAAUCUCAGGAUCCCACAGGAGGAUCCAUCUGGAAAGUCUGUCAUUCUCACACCAGCUGAGUUUGAGCAGAUCAACUCAAGGUCUCGGGUUCUCACCAAGGAGGAGAUACAGGCCAUGAAGGAGGCUUCUCUAAAAAAGAGACAAGAAGAAAUGAAAGCAGCCCAGGAAAGAAACCGACAAAUUUUUCAGCUGGACCUAUCCCAUACGGAAAACCAUACCCUGAGUGAAAUAGAGAUAGAGGCCCAGGAACGUGCGAUGCGUUUGCGGGAACGGGCCAAUGCCCUCAGGAUGGAGCAAGAGGAUGAGAUCAAAAAGCUUAACAUGCUGAUUCUGGGUGCUCAGUGUCAAGCCACACGUGAUGCUCAGAUCCAGGAGAAGAAACAAAUCCAAGCUGAAUUGUUGGAUGAGGAAAGGCGGCUGGAUGCCAUGAUGGAGGUGGAUCGUCGCAAAGCCUUGGAGACUAUGGAGAAAAUUGAGGAACUGCGCAAAAAACAGAGAAUCAGUGGAAUGCAACAAAUUUAUGAACAAAUCCAGCAGCGCUGGGAAGAGACACAAGUACAAGAUGAGAUGAAAGAGAUGGAGAAACAGCAUGUCCGAAAUGAACAGGAGAGGAUGAACAUGGAGGACCUCCAGGCCUUGUUGAAGAAAAAAGAGGAGCAGCGGCGUCUGCAGGAGGAAGUCAGACGUAUCAAUGCUGAGACAGUGCGGGCAAAAGAGCAGAAGAAAGAAGAGGAGAAGCUGAAUGAUCUGAGAAACCUGGAAUACAUCAAAAAGAAAAUGGAACAAGAAGCUGAAUAUGAAGCAGAACAGAGACGAAUCAAGAAGGAGAAGGAGUUGGAGAUAGCCAGAAUGAGGGCCCGACAAGAGAAAGCAAGAGACUAUCAGGCAGAGCAGGAUGAGCUCCGGGCUCGGAGAAACCAAGAAAUUACAGACAGAGAAUGGAGGAGGAAAGAAAAAGAGCUGGCUGUGAAGAAAGCGCAGGAGGAAGCAAUGCUGAAGGCAGCUCGAUUGGAGCAGAUUCAGUCCAAAGAGCACUGCCUGUCAAUCGAGGCAGGACGAGAGAAGGCUGAGUUUGAGAGGGUGCUGAAGGUCCAACAGGAAGCGAUCAUCAAACAGAAGGAGGAGGAGGAGAAGCAGCAUCAGAGGGCGCUCCACCAUGCUGAGGCCAUCCGGCAGCAGGUGAAAGAACGUGAACUCACAGCCAUCGCCAACCGCCGAGAGAUAUUCAAGGAGGCUGAUCGGCUGAAAGAAGAAGCCCGGCAAAGACGUAUGCGCAUUGCUGAGAUCAAAGAGAAGAAGCUGAGGGAUCUGAGGGCGACUGGACUCUCUGAAAUACACUGCAGUGAGGUGGAAAGGAAGGCCCGGGCCAGCCUGCACUGAUCUGAUUCAUACCAACACUUACAGCAGCUCUGGCAAAACAAUGAAAACAAUUCUUACACUUCAGCAUUUAAAUAUAAC